AUGCCCAUCCCAACACGUUCGGCUUCGCUACGCGACCCCCGUAAACAAACUUCAAAUAUAGCACAACCUGCCACGAAACCCUCCCCUGCACUACUUACCACGGCCAGCCUGAACAAGGACUCUACCCGAGAAACGAAUGACAAGACCCGCUCGCCAUCAAAUUCCUCGCCGGUCGAGGGUGUGCCUCUGAAAGAAAAUGGAGUCACUGCCCGAGGAAGGACCCUACUUCCCCAGCGCAGCAAUAUUGCCCAAGACAAUGGUCGUGCAACGGGAUACGGGCGCAUUCAGCCACCGAGCAGCAAGCUGAAACCACGCGCGGACCCGUCACCAACUAGACAGCGAGAGAUAUCGCCGGCUAAAAAGCAAACACAGUCGGACUCUACAGCAGGGAAGACCGGGGUGGUACCCAGCCGUCGUCAAAGUAUCAUGCGACCUGGUGGGUUGAGGAUUCCUUCAGCGAAGAUUACAAUCCCUUCGUCAAAGAGCUCAGCGCCAUCAUUCGUGCCACCCUCACCCCACAAACCGCCAGGAAGACGAUCCCCGGUCCAAUCUUCUACGAUCAGAAGGCCCCCUUCGCCCAAGAAAACAGAGAUGCUACCCCCACCACGCCCCACACGGUCGCUCUCUUUAAGGCAACCUGUCAGUGCCAGCAAGGGACCGCCUGUGGCAGCCAAAAUCCACAUGCGGCAUAGGAGUCAAUUGGUACAGAAUACAAAACAAGUCGAGACAACCCCACCAAUUGGCCAACGUGCACGAACACUCUCAAACUACCAACGGCAGUCGUCUCCUAAGAAAAUUUCCAAACCCCCAACGCCUACCCCUGGAGCCGAAACUCAGCCUGGGAAUAUUCUGAUCUCUUCAUCAUGGCCGGAUAUUGCAGCACUACAAACAGAACUUCUUCAGCUCAGUCUUUUCCAUUCCAACUCACUGCAAAGCCAUGCUGAAUGGAAGUCUGAUUCCGAGACACGUCUGCGCAAAAAGUACGACAGUGUCGCUAGCCAAUACCGCUUGGUACUGGCAGAUGAAACGCAGCGGCAGUGUCGCCUGAAUGCGCAGGCCAUAGGGCUUUGGCUUUCCAAUUGUCGUGAACAUCGCGGUCCACAUGACUUCUCUGAACAGAUUCAAAUUUUGUCACAGGUUCUACAAGAUGUCUCGGACAUGAUUGCUGGUAGCCGGGGUGCACAGUACUCUCAGGCUGUGAAGACAUUCGAAGACUGGCUUAACCAAGCGGAGCUUAUUCGUCAUAGCCGCGGACCAGGGUGCGUUGAUGUCGGCGCCUUUAUUGACCCCCUGGCGCGAAGCUGGAAAGAAUCAUUACGUACUUUAAAUGUGAGGCUCGAACUAUGUGUACGCCAAUUGCAAGUCCUUGACAUCCUGGGCUUCGGGGAAGUGGAGCGUCUAGAACAGUCUGCUCUUGCCAGAGUGGCCAAGAAUCUGACUGAAUUGAUACUACUCAUGACACAGGAGAUCCGUGCCAUGCAAACACUGGAAACAGAAAUGGUGCGUUCAGAAAGAGAUUUUGUUGGCCUUCUCGCGACCAAGCUGGCAGGCUCUGAAAGGGAAACAAGAGCUCCCCGGGUCGGGGCAUGGAGAAGCUAG